AGGGAACUCACUUGCAAGUGUCUCCUGUUUUCAUGACAGCUUCUCCUGCUAGUUUACACAAUGUUCAAAAGACACAGGUCCCUUGCCUCAAAUCGCAAGCGAGAAUUAUUCUUCCAAGGAGUUUCACGGUCCAUAAUGAAGAAUGAUAUGAGAAAUUUCCAUUCUUUGUCACAACUUGUACUCUCAGCAGGUCCUCUAAAAGCAACUCCAGCAGUCAAGCAUUCAAAAACUACUCACUUUGAGAUAGAAAUCCUUGAUGCUCAAACCAGGAAACAGAUAUGUAUGGUGGAUAAGGUGACACAGGCAGCUACUAUUCAUGAUGUUAAAGAAAAAUUUCAUAAAGCAUGUCCAAAGUGGUAUCCUUCUCGAGUUGGACUACAGCUAGAAUGUGGUGGACCUUUUUUGAGAGACUACAUCACAAUUCAAAGUGUUGCAACUUCCUCUAUUGUAACACUCUAUUUUACAGACCUAGGUCAGCAAGUCAGCUGGACCACGGUAUUUUUGGCCGAAUACACAGGACCUCUGCUAAUAUAUCUCCUGUUUUAUUUGAGGAUCUCAUAUGUAUAUGACAUGAAGGAGAGCACUAGAAGGGUGCGCCACCCAGUGGUACAUUUGGCUUGCUUCUUCCAUUGUAUACAUUAUAUCCGAUAUCUUUUGGAAACUUUAUUUGUUCACAAAGUUUCUGCAGGACGUACACCUUUGAAAAAUUUGAUACAGGGUUGUGCCUUUUACUGGGGAUUCACUUCUUGGAUUGCCUACUACAUUAAUCAUCCAUGGUAUACACCACCGUCAUUUGGAAAUAGGCAAGUCACAGUAUCUGCUAUCAAUUUUCUGAUUUGUGAAGCUGGCAAUCAUUUCAUCAAUGUAAUGUUGGCCCAUCCCAAUCACACAGGAAAUAAUGCCUGUUUCCCACGUCCAAAUUAUAACCCCUUCACAUGGAUGUUUUUGCUGGUUUCAUGUCCUAACUACACCUAUGAGAUUGGGUCAUGGAUUAGUUUCACUGUCAUGACACAAACACUGCCAGUUGGGAUAUUUACACUUCUGAUGAGUAUCCAGAUGUCCUUGUGGGCACAAAAGAAACAUAAGGUUUAUGUGAAGAAAUUCAACUCAUACAUGCAUAGAAAAUCAGCAAUAAUUCCAUUCAUAUUAUAAGAAAAAAAUAAAUAUUCUUAAAUCAUAUCAAGAAAAGCAAUACAUAAAUUCACUAAAUCAGACUUAAUGAAGGAUAAUUGACUGUUAAACUCUAGCAAUUCAUCAAGUGUUUUUAAAAAAUAAAAAUAUAAAAUGUUAGAAUUUACCAAAUUUAAAAUAAUAAAAUUGAGGCAGAAAAAUAGAAAUGAUAAGUAUAAUUAAUGAAGAAUAAAAAUGAACAUAUUUGCAAGGGAUUGAUCCUUGAACACAUUUUCUUAAUUUAUUGAUUCUAUUGCAACAAAUUAAAAUAUUUGAAUUCUAAAAGAAAUGUUUUUGAAAGUCAUAGCCUUUACAUCCCUUGAAUUUCAUACAUUAUUUUGAGAGCAAUUCAAUUUUUUAUUUUUCAUUGUGUUACCAAAUGUCUUAUGUUAUUGAGUUUAAUUUUUUGUGAAAAUUGUACUUAUAUUAAAAGUGAAUUUUACAUAAACAGUCAUGUAUCUUAUUUACUCCUACUCUAUCUAUACAUUAUAUACUAUCAUUGUAAAAACAUAAUAAUGAAAAUAUUUUCAAAACAUUAUAUAUUCAAUUUUUUAAACAUACAUUUUGAUAGGUAUAUGUGUAAAUUGUUUUAUAUUUAUAUGUAAUUUAUUUUACAUAUAUAAAUUAUAGGGAUAUUUUGAUAUAUAUACAUAUAUGUAAUUCAAAUGGAUUGUAUGGUCAAAAGUGCAUUAGUAAUUUGUGACAUUUAGAAUGGAAAGAUUUUUUGUUUUAUUUUUACAUAUUUUCAAUGCCUAUAUCCUCUCAGUUCUGUGUACAGUAGUGUGUAUCUGUAUGUGAGUAUGCAUAUAAUUAUACAUGUAUGUUUGUCAGAGAAGACUAAUAUAAAAACCAAAGUGUAUACUAGUUAAAAAUGUUUGAAAGAAAUAAUCAUUUCUUCAUUUUUAAAUUGGGAUUAUUUAGAUUGGUAAGUUUCUAGAGACUUUCUAAUUCUCAGAUUAUGUACUUGCGUGACAAAAUAUCCUCAUUAAAGCUCUUAGAUUACAUACAUAUAUGACAAAAUAUCUUGGUAAAUGUAGACCUAUAUGCACUAGGUAAUUGUUUAUUAUAUGUGACCAAUUAUUCAAGAAAUAAAAGUUCAUCUCUUUGAGAACUUUA